AUGAGGCCUGGGAAGGAGGACAAGCCUCAGGUGUCACACCCCUUAGCUCAGGAAACCCUGGACAUUUCCAGCAGCAAAUUAUCCCUUUGUAGCAACCUUGUCUGUUCAAUUUAUAAUCUCGAAGAAAAAGUGUCACAGUCCCACAGCAUUUCCUCUCAUCAUGAUCCCCUUCCUUUGACAUCAUGGAAGCAGGAACUGUCCUCUCUCCUCAGAGCACAGAGUCCCAGGCCUCUCCAGGACCACAUUCUGACAGAGCAGGCUCCAAGGGCCAACACAAUGUCUGUCUUUGUUUCCUCAUCAUGUCCACGUCUGCCAUCCCUGCUGCUGGCUCUGAUGCUGAAACUUACAGAUGAUUUCUUUCCAGGAACUUCAGGUGAAGAGCUCCAGAUGAACCAGCCUGAGAGUUCAGUGUCAGCCAAGGCUGGAGAUGUCAUAACCUUGGGCAGCAACAUUCCUGCUCUGUCCCCAGCAGGGCCUGUCUUGUGGUUCGAGGUCACUGGGCUUGAAAGACAAUUAAUCUACAUUUUCAAUGGAAGCCAAUUCCCCCGAGUAUCCCAAUUGGUAAACCCAAUGGCCAACGAAACAGACUAUUCCAUCCGUAUCAUUGAUGUGUCGCCUAAGGAUGCUGGCACCUAUUACUGUAUGAAGUUAACGAUAGGGCACCCUGACAUGGAGUAUAUAUCUGGUCCAGGCACCUAUGUGUCUGUGAUGGGGGUUAGGCAUGAGAUGCUCAAGGUGCAACAGGCUGAGAUAUCACAGACUGUAUCAACUGGGGAAACACUCGCCUUGAGUUGCAGUGUACCAGAUUCAUUUCUUAAUGGAUCCGUCUUAUGGUUCAAGGGGACUAGACCAAAUCAUGAAUUAAUCUACAAUUUCAAAAGUGGUCUCUUUCCCAGAGUAACACAAAUUGGAAAAACGGCCAAAGUUGGCAACAGGGACUUUUCCAUCCGCAUCAGUGAAAUCACUCUUGCGGUUGCCAGCACCUACUUUUGUGUGAAGUUCAAGGAGGGAAAACCUGACAUAGAGUACCAGUCAGGUCAGGGCACCCAGGUGUUUGUGACUGGUGACAAUAAUUUUUUCCCAGAUACUCCAGACAGACAUCUUUUGACCACGAGGGGAACCAAGUUUAGAAAAAAUCUGCUCUAG